AUGGCUCCGCUAUUUCCCGAUUUCCGCAAGAUGCGAAAAAGGAUGAAGCGUUCGCUCAACUACGGAACAAAACAGCCGGCGUCACUGAAUUAUCCACUAUCUCAACUUGUGGUAGACUAUUUCGACAAAACAUCCACCUUCGAUUACAUGGAACCUAACACAUCGGCAAUGAUUUCAAAAUGUGGCUACGCUGACCCGUGCACACUCGUAGUCGCCCUUGUCUAUUUGGAUCGUCUACGAGUUCAGAAAAAGGCUUUUUUCGAAUCUACUGACCCGGUUUCCCUGUAUGUACCUGCUCUCGUUCUCGCCUCGAAGUAUAUGCACGAUGCUGAUACCUACGACCGCGUUUCUAACUCAGAAUGGGCUGAAUCACUGAAAAUGACACCGGAAGAUCUGAAUGCGAAGGAAUGGAAUUUAGUAAAAAAUCUCGAUUGGAACGUAGCUGUGAAGAACGACGAAUUUGAAAAUUAUCUAGACAAUAUGGAGAAAUGGGUGGCUGGAUCAUUUGUAGAGAAGAACGGGUUUAUGACAUACAAUGAGCUUUUGCAAUUGUCGUCAAUGGUUCCUAUUAUGGACAUCGUCAAGCAAUUGAUUGAAUUCAUCAGCUCCACAUCUCUUAUCUACUGCUUGACUCUCGCGUUGAUGUCGACUACCUUGUCCACUGUUUCCGAGCCAUCGACCUCAGCUGACGUCACUUCACCAAAAGACAACAAUCAGACUUUCUCGCCAGUCUUCCUGUCGCCACGAACCAGAUCCCAUCCUAGCACCACCGAGUUUGGUUUCGAAUUCGAUGAAAACGAGUGGACAGUCGAAGAAGACGUCGAGUUCGAGAAGGAGAAUGGGACAUCAACCGAUUUAUGUCCAUUUGAAUCUGCUCGCCGAGCCAUCGAUAAAUUUCGACUCGCCCUUUCCCCAUAUCUCUCGUGUUACCGCCAGAGUUUUGAAAUAUUCAUAAAAUAGUCGUUUUCACCAUUAUGUAAUCAAAACGUAUGUGCCUUGAUAAUUGUGAGUAAUAAGUCCCCACCCAGUUCAAUUUUAAUUUUUACCCCCUUAUGCAGGUCUUAACACAAUUCUUUUUGUAUGUUUUCCCAUCGUUUUUUUUCUCCAGAAAAUGAAUAUCAAUGAUACCAAAUAAAUACGGUAUUUUGU